CACCUAUUUGUCAAAUGGAACAAAAACGACAUCUCCCUCUUUCCCCCCACUCAUUAUUUCGGCCAGCCCCCAAGGAAAGGAGAGGAGAGAGCCCUGAAACCAUACCUCCCAUAGCUGAACUCGAGCCCAAGCUCAAACAAGAGGAAGGAAGUAGUUUAAGGGAGAAAAAGUGAAGAAAAGGUGUGAAUAAUUAAGGUAAUGACCUUAUAACCACUUUUCCCUACUCUUUUGAUUAUCAUAUGAAAUAUAUAUCAUGUGAAGGACCCUUGGUAUGGUUCCACAUGUUAUAAGUAUGGAUUUAUGGGUUGAAAGGUGGUUCUACGUCCAAGAACGGACUUAGAAGCCAAAACGACCGGUUCACCGGAAAAUAACCUUUUUGAGGUUAUUUGUAUUAACAUGGGUUUUAUGAUUAUAAAACCUUGUUAGGCACUUGUAAAGGGUAUUUCAAGUGAUUUUACAAAGUUGGAAAAGUCGCCGGAGUUGUCGCCGGAGUUUCACCGGAGUUCAACCAAGAAGGGUAGAACUUCAUAACGCUAGUUCAAGGUUGAAGCUAGAGCUUGCUACUUGCACCUUCUCACGGGUGAUAUCACUUCAGGAAGACGUGGUUCGUGCUUCCUUAUUUUCUUUCAAACUACCGAACACUUGCUCAUGGAUAUUUGUUCAACUAUAAACUAUUUUUGGGGCUUGCAUGCCCAUGUUGUUGGCCGGUUGUGGCUUAUGACUUACCGUUGAAUAUUUCCGCUAUUCAUUGGUUUAAAUGUGAUGUUGUUAUGUAUGUUUACUACUGAGUAUGGAUGGAUUAUAUUCUCGGACGCCUUGUGUAAUUAAGUGAGGUUGACUCGCGGGUGACGUCACUUGAUUAUACGGCGGUUGUACACGCGCCUGGAUUGCGGUCUGGGGCGUGACAAGGAGGCUGACGCAUAUAAACUUCUUCAGUUAGAUUGCCAUGAAGAAAUGCAUUUUUAACAUCUAACUGACGAAUAGACCAUCGACACGAGACAGCAAGGGAUAAAACAAUACGAAUAGUGGUGGGUUUGACAACAGGACUAAAGGUUUCAGAAAAAUCCACACCAGCUUGCUGAGUAAAUCCCUGUGCAACUAAACGUGCUUUAUAACGCUCAAUAGACCCAGCCAUCAUGACAGCAUCUCGGUUGGUUGUAGACGUGGGUUUCACAAAUCUUCAGAUUGAAUCAGACUCGUCUCAAGCUUUGGCCGUGCUCAACGGAUCUCAGGUUAGAAGAUGGUCAGACCUUACUCAGGAAACUCUACAGAUAAGGAAUAGAUUUGGUCUGAAUUUCGGACAUGCUAUGCGAGAAAUGAACUGGGUAGCCCAUUUCUUAGCAGUUGACCAUACGGGCCCGAUAAAAUUAUAUCUUAGUCCAAGCUCUCUUCCUAUUCGGUCCAAGCGGGCUCUUUAUAUGGACAAGUUUGGUAUCCCAUCUAUUAGAUUUUAGAGAUUUGGAUUAGUUGUGUUCUUUUAUUUUCUUAAUUUUGUGUAUCCAUGGGUCAGGUCUUGCCCCUCCAUGGUGAUUUAUUUUCUGAGAGGCUUCGGUUUGGUCCUCCUCUUUUUUGUAAUCUUCAUCUUUUUUAAUAAAACUCUGGUAAAUGACUCCCGGCAUUUACCCCACUGAUUUUGGUGGUUGACCUUCC